GAUCGGUAUACUUGGUUUACAAUCAAAUAUGUCUGCGCCCAUUUGUUACUCAUGACACGGUGAAAGGCACCUUUUGUAAGAAAUGGAUUGAUACAGCAGCGAUCGAUUUUAAGUUAAAAAGGACAUAUGGAGCAUUUAUAUGUAACAGAAUAACUGUGAAAACAUUGAAAUACGAAAUAUGCCACUUUCGGACUAUAUAUCCUCUUUGGGAGAUAACCCUUAUUUUGGUGCUGGGUUUGGUCUGUUUGGAGUAGGUUUUGCAGCUUCCGUGCUCAGGAAAAGUGGUCAGUUUGGAUUAAUCUGGUUCAAGAGAAACUGCAUGAUUACUUUGGAGAUUCCUAACAGAGACAAGAGUUACCAUUGGUUACUGAAUUGGAUAACGGUUCACGGGACUCGGACCCACCACGUCAGUGUGGAAACGACCUUCAAGCAAUCCGAGACUGGUCGUGUGUACACAAAGUUUGAUCUCAUCCCAAGCCCCGGGAUCCACCUCUUCCGGUAUAAAAACAACGUGAUCAGAGUGGAAAGGUCUGUCGAAAAAAGUGCAGUGUCUUUACAGACUGGAAAACCUUACGAAAGUGUCACGAUGACAGCAUUGGGAAUAAAUAAAACCAUGUUUUUAGAUAUUCUAGAGGAAGCAAGGGCUUUAGCCCUUGUUAGUGAGGAAGGAAGGACAGUUAUGUAUACCCCAAUGGGGGCUGAUUGGGUACCUUUUGGAUAUCCGAGGCGGAAACGACCAAUUGAAUCAGUUGUUUUAGACAAAGGAGUUUCUGAGAAAAUGCUUAAUGACAUUAAAGAAUUCAUACAAAAUCCUAAAUGGUAUUAUGAUCGUGGUAUUCCGUACAGAAGAGGUUAUCUCCUGUAUGGCCCACCUGGGUGUGGAAAGAGUAGCUACAUUACAGCACUGGCAGGUCAACUAGAUUACAGCAUAUGUUUGAUGAAUUUAAAUGAUCGUGGGAUGUCAGAUGAUCGCUUGAACCAUCUUCUCACAACUGCUCCAGAACAAAGCAUUAUACUACUGGAAGAUAUAGAUGCAGCUUUCCUCAACAGAGACCUUGCCAAAGAGAAUCCUACAAUGUAUCAAGGAAUGGGUCGACUAACACUCAGUGGUCUGUUGAAUGCUCUAGAUGGGGUAGCUUCAGCUGAAGCACGUAUCAUCUUUAUGACUACAAACUACAUUGAAAGACUUGAUGCUGCCCUCAUAAGACCAGGAAGAGUGGAUGUUAAGGAAAUGAUUGGUUAUGCAACAGACUUCCAGUUAGAGAAAAUGUUUACGAGGUUUUAUCCGGAGGGAGGCGAAGAGGGUGGGAAGAAAUUCUGUGCCCUGGUCAGACAGCACAACAAGCCAGUGACCGCGGCCCAGAUCCAGGGGCUGUUCCUACAACACAAGGACAAUCCUGAGGGAGCGCUCACAAACAUAGAGCUGCUGUGGAAAUCUUUAUGAAAACUUCAUGUAUACUUGUAUAUUAGUGUUGAUCAAAAUAAAUCUAUGCUCAGUUUUUGAAUAGUGA